GAUUACUACGACGAGAAAAACUUUUCAAGUCAGCUACAACUUGCAAGAAAGUUACGCGGGUAUAUAAAGUCGGGCGUGGAGAAAUAACGAGAACACAAAGCAGACAUGGAGUCGAGAGAAGCAAGACGACCAACAUUGUUUGUUUUUAUCAUCGUUUUGUGCAUUUGCUUUGGCGAAGCUUUGAAAUGCUGGGUUUGUUUAAACCAGCCGGAUAACGAAGCAUGUAUACGUAAUGGACAUCUGGAGCAAUGCGAGAGAAACGAGAAGGCUUGCCAUAAUUCAGUCCGAAGAGGCGACAACGGAAUCCUUGUAACGAAGCGAUGCAAACAAAGUUUAGCGUGUUCGAAUAACGAAGCGCAGAACGACAAACCAGCAUGGAGUCCAACCCAAUGUAACCUUAGAGUUCCAAGUUCUGUGUGUAGAUGUUGUUGUUCAUACGAUGAAUGUAACAAACCACAACUGAUGUGUCCUGAAGAGGUCGGCAGUAAUAUUACCGCCAUCAUGCCCACUAUGCCCACUACCAACGUGCCUACGACGUCAACUACGAUGUCCACCACUACCACCGUCCCCCCCACCACAGUAGAUGCACCAACAACUCCGUUACCUCCAGUUAUCCAAUUGGACGAACCAACUGGGUGUUCGGAAAGAUUAGUAGCGCCAAACCAUGGGCAGAUUAUUUGCGAUCGUGGUCAAUUAAUUGGGAGCAUAUGUACAUUCCUGUGCAUUCCUGGGUAUAUGAGGGUCGGUGUUCGUGUAUCUUUGUGUGGAGUGAAUCAAAUGUGGUCGAAUCUUCCCCCAACGUGCGAGAAACUUAACUGCCCCCGUAUUAAUGCACCGCAGAACGGGAGCAUUAGUUGUACAGAGGAAAACGAAAUAAACAGCAUAUGCACGUUUAAUUGUGACGAAUAUUUUUAUCUUCUCGGCCACGCUACGACCACUUGUACAUUGGGAUCGCCUUAUAACGCCAUGUGGUCGAAUAUCAAACCAUCUUGUAUACGAAGAACAUGCGACGAGGCCCCGGUUGGGAGGUUCACAUUCGUCCAAUGCACGGACAGCAAGAACCUUGGAUCAGUUUGUACAUACAAGUGUUUAACCCAUCAUAGACUAGUGGGGCCUGCGUCUACACAAUGUAUCGACGAUGGCGGAGACUUAGUUUGGGAUUCUGCGGCGCCUAACUGCGAACAUAUUGAAUGUCCCGAUCUUGGAACGAUAGAAAAUGGAAACGUGAUUUGUCCUCUAAGUACAAACUAUGUGAACGCUGUUUGUUAUUUCACUUGCAAUGAUGAGUUUCGAAUGGAACCAGAUACCAGUCUAACUACUUGCCAGAAUGAUUCAACGUGGACGGAUGCUAAACCUACAUGCUUACCCAUAACAUGCAGCAUGUUACCUUCAAUACAACACGGAGAUGCAAGUUGCACAAACUUCAACCUUUUACACAGCGUGUGCACAUUCACAUGCGAUGAUGAACAUAUGCUGCAUGGUAGUGACAGCACAACGUGUGGGGUGAAUCAAAUGUGGUCGAAUCUUCUCCCAACGUGCGAGAAACUUAACUGCCCCCGUAUUAAUGCACCGCAGAACGGGAGCAUUAGUUGUACAGAGGAAAACGAAAUAAACAGCAUAUGCACGUUUAAUUGUGACGAAUAUUUUUAUCUUCUCGGCCACGCUACGACCACUUGUACAUUGGGAUCGCCUUAUAACGCCAUGUGGUCGAAUAUCAAACCAUCUUGUAUACGAAGAACAUGCGACGAGGCCCCGGUUGGGAGGUUCACAUUCGUCCAAUGCACGGACAGCAAGAACCUUGGAUCAGUUUGUACAUACAAGUGUUUAACCCAUCAUAGACUAGUGGGGCCCGCGUCUACACAAUGUAUCGACGAUGGCGGAGACUUAGUUUGGGAUUCUGCGGCGCCUAACUGCGAACAUAUUGAAUGUCCCGAUCUUGGAACGAUAGAAAAUGGAAACGUGAUUUGUCCUCUAAGUACAAACUAUGUGAACGCUGUUUGUUAUUUCACUUGCAAUGAUGAGUUUCGAAUGGAACCAGAUACCAGUCUAACUACUUGCCAGAAUGAUUCAACGUGGACGGAUGCUAAACCUACAUGCUUACCCAUAACAUGCAGCAUGUUACCUUCAAUACAACACGGAGAUGCAAGUUGCACAAACUUCAACCUUUUACACAGCGUGUGUACAUUCACAUGCGAUGACGAACAUAUGCUGCAUGGAAGCGACAGCACAACGUGUGGUGAUAACGGAGAAUGGACGUCCCCUUCCCCCACAUGCCAACGUAUCGUAUGCACAGAACAAACCAAACCGGCCAACGGCAGCAUGUCUUGUAACCAUGGCAACAACGAAGGCAGUGUCUGCAGCUUUGAAUGUUACUCAACCCAUCAACUGGUCGGCGAAUUUGAAAUACAAUGCGUCACAUCACAAGCUGGAACAUUGCCUGUUUGGUCCGGAGAGACGCCCAGCUGUAUACUGAGGAAAAACUGCGGUAGUUUCCCCACAGAGCCGGUUGAUGGGUACGUGGUUUGCACAGAUGGAAUUUUCCUUGAUUCCGAAUGUGAGUUCGCGUGUGAAGGGUUUCGAACUCGGGUGGGAGCUCUGUACACCAUGUGUGUUGAAGAUGGCGGUGAUAUGAAAUGGGACAACCCGACGCCCGUGUGCGAACGCACGCAAUGUCCAGACCAAGGAAGCAUCGCCAACGGUACAAUGUCUUGUACGGAUGGUAAUUAUGCGAACUCAGUUUGUUCGUACACCUGCGACAACGAGAACUAUGUGUUAACACCAUCCGGGGUGGUGGACAAUACUUGCAAUAAUGAUACGACUUGGAACCUCCCGAAGCCUUGCUGUUCUAAGGUCUGUCCCCCAUAUUCGGUAGUGGACGCCGUCAUCUUACUUGAUUCGUCAUCCUCCAUUGGGAACGAGAACUGGAGGACAAUGAAGGCAUUCAUUCGCCAAGUUAUUGAUUCAUUCGUGAUCCAAGACGACGCGGCUCGCUUGGCAAUCUUCCGCUUUAACUCCCAAAUCGACACUCGUACCCAAAUACUACUUGGGGAUUAUCCUAAUGAUAAACAAGGACUGCUGAGAGCUUUUGAUAGAAUCCCGUAUGACGGCGAAGGAACCCGAACAGGAGCUGCACUGAACCACGCUCGUAAUGUGAUGUUGGCACCCGCCAACGGGAACAGGGACGGAGUUCCUGAUUCAGUGUUCAUUAUAACUGAUGGCGUAUCCCAGGACCACGUGACUACGGCAGCCAAUCUUCUUCGAGAACAAGGGGUUGAGGUUUGUUGUUUAUAACCGAGUGGAAAUAAUGGGUUAUCGUCUGUAGACCAUAUAGACUAAGGGUUCGAAACUCGACGUUGGCACUUUGUGGCAAUUGCCCCAACAGUGUCACUAUAAUGGGUUGUAGCAACUGGACUAUGGAUUAAGGAUUCGAAGCUCGACGCUGCUACCAUUUUGGGCGUAUAUGCGUCCUUGGGACAUUUAACAACAUAUGCUCUAACCCAGUGGUCACUAAUGGGUUACCGAA